UGCAUGCUACGCAUCUUUAAGUGCAAUCCACACCAUGAUUCUAUGAACGCUUAAAAGACGUCUUUCUCCGUUCUCUUCAUCCUCCAUUGUGCCACAGCCAUGCAACCAGGAGUCUACCAACUCAUAAACCGCCAGAGCGGUACAGCACUGGCCAUGCUCAAAGAUGAUUACACGUGCGUCGCUGGAUAUCCGCCUUGUGAUGAUUCUAUUCAAAAGUGGGAAAUAGCACCUCUCGGAGCUGGAUACACCAUCCGAAAUAUGCACACUGAUACAUACCUUUCUGCGAAAGGACUUGACGGUGGUGGUCCCGUCUUUGCGGGACAUUUCCCUGCCGCAUGGCAAGUUGUCACCGUGAAGGUGAAUGACGAAAACUCUGAAAUGAUCGAAAUAUACUGGCCGCAUACGGGAUACAUGUUUGAUCUGCACUGUGGAAAUUCAGCUCCUGGAACAAAGGUGCACCUUUGUCGUCAUCAAGUGAAUCCGCAAACACAUCGUUGUAGAUUGUGGAAGCCUGUCUUCCUUCAACGCAUCAAUCACUCCAUCUUACCAGAGCAUAUUCAGGAAGACGACGAAACAUCAAGCACUGCCACUGUCAAUGCAGCUGAUGUGCCAGAAGGAGGCGAGCUUGUCCUGGUUACGACCACUACUACGAAAACAGUGGUUACAAAGGUACCAAAGCGGUCAGUCUGGUAGGGGAGAACAUGCCAUAAUAGUUUAAGUUAUAUCGGAAACACCUUCCUACGUCACAAGCUUUUCAUCCGAUUCAAAUGUACGUAGCUUUGUAU